AUGGACCGCUGGUUCAGGAUCAGGCAGGAGAAAUUGUUCAUGUGGGAGCCAAAGACAGCCAAGAGCACCAAUCGUGUAGACUACCGGCCCCACUGGGACUUCGAGCCAGACAUCUUUGAGAGGAUGUGCCCUGCUGAGAGCCGAGUCUUCCAGGGGCUUCCAUCCAAGCAGCUGUUUGGUCAAUACUGCCAACCACCCUCUCAUCAUUUGGUCACGCAGUAUGAAGAAAGCUAUGGGACAAAGCGCAACAAUACUUUGCCCACUCUGCGACCCUGGCAUCGCGACAGCUUGACAUGGCAGCCUGAGAGGUCUGACCUGCCAAUUUCUGUCCUUCCAACCAAUUUGCUGCAGUCCACAAAGCGCUGUUUGGAAAAGCAGCAGUCACACCUUGCAUAG